AUGUCUCCAACAGCAUUUUUAAUUGGUCGUGAAAUGGUAACAAAUUGUAGUCAUCAAAUAUUAACAACAAUCGUUGAACGUUUCGAAUCGGAUAUUGAUAAUGCAUCAUUAUUGUCAAGUGACGGUGGUAGUGAUAAUAGUGUAAAUAUAUUUAGUGAUAAUCAAACAAAUGUAAUAAAUAGUACUGCUAAUAAUAAUAAUAGUGAUAGUGCAAAUAGUUCUAGUGCCUCAGAUAGUUCUGAUACAGAACUACAACAUAGUUCAUCAACAACAGUCAAUACAAAUAGUCAACAAAAAUUAAUUGAAACACCAAAAAUAGAACACUUUCAAUUAGAUAGCCUUAGAACUGAUAAAAAUGGUGUAACACAUAUUGAAAUUAGUAGGGAUUCAAACCAUUUAUAUCAUCACCAUUCUACAACAGCAUCUGUUAGUAACAAUUCAAACCAAUCAAGUCAACCGUCCAGUAUAAUAAGUAUAAAUACACCAGAAAAUACUCACACGGAUCGUCAUUUGUUAUUUGAUUUUAAAUUAUCGAAUUUAACAAAAUUACGAUCGAAUUCCCAUGGAGAUUUAUUAAAUCAAGAUAACAAUAACAACAAUACGACGAGGACAGUAAGUACAACUCAUAGUGUGGAAAAAUCAAGAUCAAAUUCUAAUUUAUUAGAUGAUAGUCAAUAUAAGAAACCAUUACGUCAACGGCAGGAGAUUGAUGGCGUUAUAAUUCGAAGUGAUAUUGAUUCAAAGGAAAUUAAAACACUUAACACUAAUUUACAUCACAAAGAGGAAACAACCGCAUCGUCUUCGCCGGUUUUGAAAAAAAUAUGGCAUUCCGCGGAAGAUAUUUUAGAUGCACCAACAAGUGACGAUCCUCCAAAGAAACCCGAACGAAGACGUAAGCAAAAAGGUCGAGCACCACCUCCUCCGAAUGUAAUGAAAGGUCAAUAUGUUCGAGUUAGUGUUGAUCCCAACAAAAAAACUGAACCAACACCUCAAUCAAAUUUAAAACUCACAACAUUCGAAACAAAUAAAUUAGACAAUUAUAAUUCAAAUUGGGUUUAUGUUGCGUCGCAACAGCAACCUUCGUCGUUGGUACUUACCACCGUUGUUACACCCGAAAUUGUCUCACAACCCGUUCAACCACAGUCAUACGAUUCAUUUAAAAAUCAAUCGUCUGGAUCAGAAUUCCAUACAGAAUACAUUGAUCAUCAUCGAGCGUAUACAGCGGCUACACUAAAUCGUAAAAGUCGUGAAGUAAAGAAUUCCAAUAAAUGGACAAAUUCUGUACCACGAAUACCAAAAAAAAUAAUGCCACCAAUACGAAGUCGAUCAGAGAAUCGUUAUCAAAAAAAUAACCCCUAUAAAUAUGUUGAUACAACGACGCUAAAUUCAAAUGGUGUUCCAUUAAUUUUUACGUCGAAUAAUACGUCAAACAGUAGUCACCAACGUUAUAAUAAUUUUUCAACACACACGUUACCAACUGUAAAUAAUAAUUUAUCGUCACAAACCAAUAGUAAUACAAUAUCAAAUCGUUUAUUUGGUUUAUCACAGAAAUUAAAAGAGUUUAGUACAAAUGUUGUGAAUACGAAUCAUAGGUUUAUUAAUAAUAAUAACGAUUUAAAUGGAACGUCGUCAAAUAAAUUAUUACAUCGUAAUAAUCAUGGUGGUAGUAAUAAUACACUUACGUCAUCCACCCAAUCAAUAUCAACGUCAUCUAUGAAUGGUGGAUCAAAACAUCGACGUAAUAGUUUAGGGGAAUUGUAUUAUAAAACAAAUGUUGCCAAUUUAACAAGUCGUUAUGGUACAAAUAAUAAUGACUUAAAUCAAACAUCUAAUAAUAAUAAUAAUAUUAAUCAUCAUCAUGGUGCUAAUUUAAAAAGUGUUAUUAAAAAAAGUGAUGAUCGGCAAAAACAUCAAAAGAAUAGUAAUGAAAAGAAAGUUACGUUUAGUGCAUUUGCAACUGUUCAAGUUGUAUAA